AUGGCUGCGCUGCGGGCCGCCCUGCUGAGCGUCCUGCUGGGCUGCGCGGCCGCGGCCCUCAUCCCCGCGGCCGACGUGAAGGUGGAGGUGCUGCAGAAGCCGUUCCUGUGCCACCGGAGGACCAAGUGGGGGGACAUGAUGCUGGUGCACUACGAGGGCUUCCUGCAGAGCGACGGCUCCAUGUUCCACUCCACUCACAAACAUAACAAUGGGCAACCUAUGUGGUUUACACUUGGCAUAAGAGAAGCCAUCAAAGGCUGGGACAAAGGUUUGAAGGACAUGUGUGUGGGGGAGAAGCGGAAGCUAACUAUUCCACCAGCCCUUGCUUAUGGAAAAGAAGGGAAAGGAAAAAUUCCACCUGAGAGCACAUUGAUCUUCAAUAUUGACCUUCUAGAAAUUAGGAAUGGACCCAGGUCUCAUGAGUCGUUUCAAGAGAUGGAUCUUAAUGAUGACUGGAAGCUGUCCAAGCAAGAGGUGAAAAUUUACUUGAAGAAAGAAUUUGAGAAGCAUGGAGCAAUGGUAAAUGAUACCCAGCAUGAUGCUUUGGUUGAAGACAUAUUUGAUAAAGAAGAUGAAGACAGUGAUGGGUUUAUAUCUGCAAGGGAAUUCACAUACAAGCAUGAUGAGCUGUAGAAAAGGAUGACAUAAUUUUUUUGACACAAAUGGCAAUGACUUAGACUGUCUGGUUCUCUUGUCGUCUUGGUUCUGUGUUUUGGAGUUGACAGCUGCCAUUGGCAGAAGAGAAAUGACAAAAAAACAAACCCACGCUUUUUUAUAUUAAAAGAGAAUUUCAGUUGUUUACGUUAAAAAUAUAUAUAUAUUUUAAACUAUUUGUAAGAUUGAAAUUGUACUUUUGUGCAAUGAAGACUUGCACAUUUUGUUUUUUAAUUUUGUAUUAACUUAUUUUUUCAGAAAUGAAACAAGGUUUCCAGGUAUCGAACAUCUUGAAAAUCAAAAUCCAGUACAGUGCCUUUCUGUGCUUUAUUUCUUCAGAUCACAUUCAGUGACUUUUACAUAUGACUUCUAGUCUGACUUAAUCAAUUAUUUGACCUUCUUUUUUGUACCUUGCUGCUUGUAAAGCGGUGUGCUGGCAUUGCUUGCUUUCUGCAGAUUUUGAAAUAUCCACUAGAAAGCAUCAACACCUUGUAAGACAGCUGAGAAACUCAUACGAAGCUGAAUGAGAAGAAUGGCUGUCCUAUGCUGAUUCUGCUUUUCUAAAGGAGAAUACUAAAAUAACCGUUUGCAUCACUGAAGGAAAACAAACAAACAAAAAAAUAGGAGUUAAAUAUCAGACCUUCUCAUUUUUAUAUUAGCAGUGUUCUAGAAGAUAAGGUACUAUUUUCCAAAUAGUUUUGUUGUUCUGCAGAGGUAGCGUCCUUCACUUCCUUACAUGCAUUGGUUUGUGAAGAGAUUGCAUUUUCUUCACCUCAGGUGUUGAGAGACAUCUAAAGAAAAAAAUUUAGCAAAUUUUUUUUCCCCAUUUUCAGAAAGGAAGGAAGGAGCAUGCUAACAUGCAGGUCAGUAUGUCCUAAAGAACAUUUUGUGUUACUUGCCAGCUUUGCUACUGCCUGAAUUGUAGAAUUUGUCUUAUUUUUUUUGCACCUUUGCUGUAUUUUCACAGGUAGCACAAAAGUUAUCUGAGUCUUAAGUAAUAAAGUGACUUUUAAAAAAAGAAAAAAGAAAUGUGAGGUAAACAUUCUGCUGCUGAAUCUUUAUGGUGUGGAGAUGAUGAGGAUUUCAGCUCUGUCUUGUGUGUUUGAACCCUCUCUAAAGAGGAAGAAGCUUAGUCAUCAUCCAUGGGCCUGAAUGAGUGGGUGAGGUAUCUCUUAGAAGGAUUUAGCCUUUAUUCUUCCAGCACUAAAAUGGGUUUCUGUACAGAAUACUUGGAUUUAAAAAUACUGCCAUAGGUUUUGUAGGGAUAUGAGGUAAACCAAAUUGUAUAAAAUCAGUAUUGCUGUAAUGUGCUAAGGAGGGGUGGGGGAGCUUGGGGAGAGUUGCGUUCAAGAUCCUCAAUUAGCUUGAUGAAAAUCUUCUCUGCAAUCUAGCGUUGCGUGUAAGUAUUAGAAGACUGCUUUAUUAUAGACAGCAAGGAUUUCUGUACAGUGAUUGUGCUACGUGAAGAUAUGCACGGGUGGAGUUUUUGCGUUCCAGCAUUUGGUAUUUUAUGGCAUGUGGCUUACAUGAUGUGUAGUUUUUCAUAUUUUGUUUUAAACUGUUUUUUUUUUUUUUUUUUUUUUUUUACCCUUCUUCACAAUGUCUAGUUUUCUUGAACCUAUUUAUUCUUUAGUUCUGUGGCAGUCACAGUAGAAUGGCAUAGGAUGCUACUUCCAUUUGUUCUUCUGCUUGUUGCCUGUCCUGGUUAUUGUGAGGAAAUAAUUAACAAGUCAUCUUACCAGUCA